AUGUCGAGCUCUCCAGUCCUGAACGUGGUCCGCUACUCGGCACUCGUCGGUGGUAUCGGAUACGGCAUUCUGCACCGCAGGACAUUGCAGGCAAAGGCAGACGCCAAGGCUGCUCACGCCGAGUACAAGCACAAGGAGCAGCUCAUCCAAAAGGCAAAGGAGGCGUACAAGAACCGUCUCGUCGCAAAGCAGAGCGAUACUGGAGUUGUCUCCGAUCCCGAGAACCCAGCCUUCGACUUGGAAAAGUUUUUGACCAAGCUCGAGCAGGACAGCAAGUAA